CUUCUGCCAUAGAGAUUGUCCGGGCAGCCAAAAAGAGACUAGGCUCGAAAAUACUUACUACCCUCGGAGGUCUAGUACACACUAGCAGAUCUGAUAUAUUGCUUACACCAUCGAUCUUUCUACAUCCCAUAUACCGUCUCCAGCUGUUCUGAUAGCGGCCAAAUCAAAAUGAGUGGCGACUCACUAGGAACAGGUAUUGCAGAAGAUCCGGAUAGUGUUCCAGUGUCGAGCGAAAACUUUGAGCUAUGGAUUCGAAUGGCCACAGACAACAAAAUCAAUACCAACAAUACAUGGAAUUUUGCUUUGAUUGACUACUUUCAUGAUUUCACCGUCCUAAGAGAAGGUGACGGGGUGAAUUUCCAAAAAGCCUCCACGACUUUAGAUGGAUGCAUGAAGAUCUAUUCACAUAGAAUUGACUCAGCGGCUAAAGAUACAGGUACGUUAUUAUCGUCUCUUAACAUCAAAUCAAAACAAAACACGAUUUCUAGCCGUCCUAGUAGCAGCAAUAAUCAUGCACCUCCGGCAUCUGGAGCUGGAAAUUUGAACAAGAAUAAUCAGGCGGGGUCCCACAAUGAUGACGACGGGGAAAAUCAGAACGAAGAUGAUAGCGACGACGAGCUCUCAGACGAUGCGCCCGAUGAUGGAACAAUAAUUACGGGAGGAAAUUCAAAAUCUAAAUCCAAAAGCAAAAACAAGAAGAAACAUACCUAUCUUGCUCCCUCUUUCAAUACAAUCAAGAUUAAAGACCAAGACCGACCCGUUAAACCUGAUCCAGUCUUCAAAAAUGCGUUGGCCAACUUUGAUGAAGGAGGUGCAAAGAGCUUAUUGAAUAAUAUCUUAAGACUUUCCAGGGAAAGCAAAGUUGUUUUUGAUAUCGCUGAUGAUACAGAGCUGAUUAUAGAAGAUGACAGUGAAGAGGACGAAGAUGGAAAAGAAAGUGCCCAAGAUGAGGCCCAUGGAGGUAGUGAUCCAACACGUGGAGACUGUGAGGACUCAAUUGAUAUAAACUUGCUGAAACGCCUUGUUGACUUUGAUAUCAUCAACCAUUCGCUUGAUGUGUGCCCCUCGCUGAAAGAAUUGGAUGAAAUAUCCAAUGGUAAAACCGAUCCUGCGAACUUGUUGGAAUACAUGGAUGAGGUUGAUGUGUCUAGGAUUGAAAAUGAUAGAAGACUUAACAUAGAAGGUCAUAUUAAUGAUACUUUUGAUGACAAUGCACAACCGGACUUUAUGCAUGAUCCUGAUAUUAAUAUGGCUGAGUCUAGUGACAAUAAUAGCAAUGAAAGUGAUAAAAUGUCAAAUGUUUCUAAACGUACCCAAUAUUCUUUAUACAUUGAUGGUGUCGAAGAUCCAGACGAGUCAGGUCACAAUAUAACCUUCACUAAUCUUUUUGAUGAAAAUAGACAAAGAGAACAAGGCAAGAUACGAGAGAAGGAUCUAAUAGAUGCGACGAAACCUGAUAAAACGGACAUCGACAUGAUCAAAAUUUACGAUAGUAUUGGAACGAGGCCUAGACUUUACUGGAAAAUUGCAAGAUUAAAACGCUCUACCAGCAAUAAUAGAACAUUUAAUGAAAUUGACAAUGAUGAAGAGGAUACUCAUAAUAAUAGAUCUAGUAAAUAUAGUCAGAAAUCUACUUCAAGAGCGUACAAUAAAAAGAAAGAUGUGGUUUUAAUUGACUUUUUGUCUGACAAAAAUGAUCCAAAUGAGGAAGAACUCUUUGCUUCUACUGAGUAUCUGUCCAAGAUCAUGCUCACCGAAAAGGAAAGGAAGUCUGGAAGACAUCUUCUUGAUAGUGAUGCACCUUUCACUGCCAAGCGUCUUGCAUUUUUGAGCACGAAGCCUAACCAGUUGAUUAAAUCAGUUUUGAUGCAGAAAAGAAAAAACACGUUUGAAGAAAGAGAACUUGACAACAUUCCUGCAAGUGAAGAGUUUUUUGCUCAGGCCUACAGAGAUGAAAAUGAUAAUGACAUUUUGAAUGAUUCCAUUUUUAGUGAUCCUAUUGAUCACCCUUCAAGUUUCAACGAUAAUGACGACUUUGACCCGAACGGUAUAGAAGGAUUUGAAGUACCAUUGCCUAAUCCAUUUGAAGAGCAACCUCGAAACACAGAAAACAUGAAUGCCCACCCUCAAACCUUGUACCGUACCAACGCGAUUUCAUACGCCAAAAGAUCCAAGAAAGUUGAUGUAAAAUUACUUAAACAAAAUAUAUGGAAUUCAAUAGAAGAAAUAUCAAUUCACAAAAAGAAACGUUUCGCAUCUCAUUUUGAAGAAGAAGAAGGUAAUGGAGGAGGCUAUUCAAAUAAAGUUCAAGAGGAAGGCACUCCUCUUGAAGUAGAAUCGUCAGCAACGCGGUCAGAAGAGUCAACUACUAGGACAUCAACCAUGAGUCCUCCAGCUAUGGAUGAUUUCGUUGACAGCGGAGAGGAUAUCGAUUCCAUGCAAUUUACCAACGUGGUUGAAAAGAUGUCCUUGAAAUAUAACACAAAAACUAAAAGAGAUUUAUCCACCAGUUUCUGUUUUAUUUGCUUGUUGCACUUGGCCAACGAACAAGGAUUAACGUUAGAGACCUUGAGUAAUAAUGAGGACAUUAUAAUUCAUAAGUAGUGUAUUUUGUCGGUGAAGACAUUCUAGGGUAAUGUGAUAAUUUGUAUAAUAUUGGGAUUUUGUAAAAAAAUAUGAGAAUGUACGAGGUUCGUAAAGUAGAUAUACAAUGAGAGAAAGAAUAUGAAUGAUAAGAAUGUAUGAGUUUUUUUGCUUAUGAAUAGAACAUUACCACUCUUGGGCAGUGUUACCAUAAGGGGACUUCUUAGUA